AUGAACCACACCAAGGGCGGCCUGGUUAUCUUCACCGCCAACUCACACCCGUCCAGCCGUGAGUUAGGCAAGAGGAUUGCAGAAGAUGUGAACACAACCAUAAUGGAGAUGCUUAUCUUAGUGUAUGCGUGCAGGACAUCUUGUGCAAAAAGCAUCACGGGUGUCCUCCCCUACUUCCCUUACAGUAAACAGUGUAAGAUGAGAAAAAGGGGCUCUAUUGUCUCCAAGCUUAUUGCCUCGAUGAUGUGUAAAGCUGGUCUCACACACCUGAUCACCAUGGACCUUCACCAGAAGGAGAUACAAGGCUUUUUCAACAUCCCGGUGGAUAACCUGAGAGCGUCACCGUUCUUGUUGCAGUACAUCCAAGAAGAGAUCCCUGACUAUAGGAAUGCAGUGAUUGUGGCCAAAUCACCAGCUUCUGCUAAAAGAGCCCAGUCGUUUGCAGAGCGCCUGCGUCUUGGUAUUGCGGUGAUCCACGGUGAAGCUCAGGAUGCCGAAUCUGACCAGGUGGACGGGCGACACUCGCCGCCUACUGUCAAAACCACGGGAGCCAUUCAUCCAAGCAUGGAAAUACCACUGUUGAUUCCCAAGGAGAAACCCCCCAUCACUGUGGUAGGAGAUGUAGGAGGCCGCAUUGCCAUCAUAGUGGAUGACAUCAUCGACGAUGUUGACAGUUUUGUGGCGGCGGCUGAAACAUUGAAGGAACGAGGGGCUUACAAGAUAUUCAUCAUGGCCACCCACGGCAUCCUCUCCUGCGACGCCCCCAGAUUUAUCGAGGAGUCGUCCAUCGAUGAGGUGGUAGUGACCAACACGAUCCCUCACGAACUGCAGAAGCUCCAAUGUCCGAAGAUCAAGACUGUGGACAUCAGCAUGAUCCUGUCGGAGGCCAUCAGACGUAUCCACAACGGAGAGUCCAUGUCCUAUCUUUUUCGCAACAUAGGAGUGGAUGAUUGA